UAUUGUACGGACAUGAUAUUAGAACGUGACGAAGUCAACGUACGAAACAUAGACGGGGGCGAAACGAAUACAAGGUGAUCGGCCUACCGCAAACUAAAAGCAAUGAAGCUUACACCCAAAGCUGCUAUUAAAAUAGUUUUAACGCUGCAAAUUAAUAAAACACCCGUACGCAGUUGUUACGCAUCAUUCACUGAUGUCUGAAUUCUGUAAUGGAUAUUUGGACAUCAGCAUGAGCCACGUGAUUCGAGGUCAUUCGCGGUCGUGGUCAGCCUGGCCAACUUUUUAGUAUCAAAAAUGAAAGUAACUACCUUCGAGCUUUCAAAUCUUUGAGGUUAGAACGAAACGAAUGCCCACAUCGAGAGACGUCGGUGAGAUACGAAACUGCGGCUUAUCCGCAAUUAGUACGCACAUUUAUUAACAUCCAAGCAUAUCAACAGCUAGGAAAUUAAUCCCAGUGAUUAUAAUUAACUCAAUGAAAGUGUAUCAGAAGUGAUUUUGCAUCGAUAAUGUUAGUUUCGCGUAUUCCGAUGAGAGCAAUGCGGGUGUACGGUAUGGCCGAUCUGGCCGUUUGACAAAUAUUUUCUAUAAUUUAUGGGGUGUUUUGGUGGGUUUACGGGAUAAAAUGGUGAAGGAAAAACCAAAUUCCAUCCGUAUAUACGACUCAGAGGGCUACAGGCGGCGGGCUGCUUGUAUCUGCGUGAAGAAUGACCUCGAGGAAGAGGUACUCUUGGUAACGUCGAGCCGAAGGCCUGACAAUUGGAUAGUGCCGGGAGGAGGAGUAGAGCCCGAAGAAGAACCAGCAGUUACGGCGCUACGUGAAGUCAGAGAAGAAGCUGGUGUGCUUGGACACUUGGGCAGAUGCCUCGGCAUUUUUGAGAACGUGGAACAUAAGCAUAGAACGCAGGUGUGGGUGAUGCGAGUCACCGAAGAAUUGCCGGAGUGGGAAGAUUCAAGAGCUAUUGGUCGAAAGCGAAAAUGGUUCUCAAUCUCGGAGGCCCUAGUCCAGCUGGCUCAGCACAAACCUGUUCAACGCUCUUACCUGCACUGUCUUCACAAUACCAAUCCUCACUGCAACAACACCAAUUCUCCACAUCAUCAACACACCGCCUCUAUACAAUUGAUGAACAACUCAACCACCAAUCCUCAUAUUAACAAGCACAGCUAAUACCAAUUACGACCCAUCCAUCCAAUACCCAAAUUCCAUUCAAUUUGCUACUACCGUAUCGAACCUCUACCAGAACAAUAAUUGCUGUGUUUUAUACAUUAACCUAUGAUAAUUACUUAAUACUGUUGUUAAUUAAUAUAGAUUGUUGAUAAACUGUUCCGCAAAGGAAUCACAUUCAUUUUCUAGUUAUUCUCAUUACUUUUUUAAUAUUAUUUUCUCAGCUUACACCAUCAAAAAGCCGCUAUUGUAUAAUAUGGUCGUAAUUGGUAGAUGGUGACUAUUGUAAAGUCAAAACCAAUGUAGAGCAAUUCGUUUUUCCAAAAUAUUGGAAUGGACUGAGUAAAUAUUUUUUAACUCUGGUUUUGUUGUAUAAGAUCGUUUAGUCUCGACUUGUACGAGCUGUGGUAAAUAUUUGAAAUAAAUGAUUAUAGCAA